AUGGAGCGUCAGCACGAAACAAAAGAGAGAAGAGACAAAUGGGAAUGCACCGAGGUUGAGGCAGAAGAAAGAAGGCAGCUCCGUGAUAUCGCCGACAAGUGGGAACGUACCGAGGAUGAGGCCACUCAGAACAACACACUAAAGGCUUUGGCAGACUAUACAAAGCUUUUUCUCAGCCGUUUGAAGAAACCAGGAACUGAAUCUUCCAAGUGGGAACAUUGGCCAUCAGCUAGGUCGAACCACGAUAGUGAGGUCAAGUGCACAUCUGAUAAUGCAAUACCACAUCGUUUUAACCCAAGCAUACAUUUUAAGAACAACGAAAAUGAAGAAACCGGACAAACUGGAAGACUAGAAAGCAUAAUGCAACUAGGACAUGAUCCAAUUAGAUUAGAGGAGUUGAUAUGUAUGUUUGACCAAGACGUUGUACGCUCAGGUGUGGACAGAAGUCACCCGACCUUUUUCGGGUUAAUUCCAGGAUCCGGUCAUUUGCUGUAUUCAUUUGCGGAGUAUCUGGCCAGCAUUGCACACGUAGUGCCACUAAACAGAGACCUGAAUGCAGGUGCUUGUGAUAUGGAAGCGAGUGUACUAAGAUGGGCGAGUGACAUCAUCGGAUAUCCAGAGCAAGCCCGGGGAUGCACAGUCUCCGGAACCUCCAUGGGGGUGAUAGUGGCUUUCUCUACUGCCCGCCAUAUCAAGCUCGAAAACAGUAGCCAGUUUAACAGAUCUGUGGUCUACUUGACGAACGAUGCACAUCCUUGUCAUACACGGGCUCUCCGUAUUGUCGGACUGACGGACGUGGCCCAGAGGCGAGUGCCUACUAGAAAUCACAGAAUGGAUGUCGGUAAACUUCAGGAGAUGAUAGCAGAAGACCAAGAGGCCGGAUUACGUCCAUUUAUGGUUGUUGGUACGGCUGGAACCAUGAACCUUGGAGCGAUCGAUCCAUUGGGAGCAAUCGGCGAGGUGGCCCUGACGAAUGGUCUGUGGUUUCACGUGGAUGCUGCCGUUGGAGGGUUUUUAAUAUUGGACGAUUCUGUAAAGAAAACAUGUGAAGGUAUAAACAUGGCCGACUCAGUUGCAAUGGAUUUCCACAAAGCCCUCUCAGCCCCAUACGGAACUGCGGCUGUGCUCGUACGGGACGGGAGUCACCUGAAGAGUUCGAUGGCGAGAGAGAGCGCCACCUACAUGUCUGAUGCAGCCGAGGGAGGGAAGUAUUCACCAGUAGACUUCACCUUUGAAUUUACUCGCCCAUGCAGGACAUUUCCAGUGUGGUUUAUGUUAAAGAUUCUUGGAGUAGAUAUGAUUAAAGCCGCGUUAGAGGAAAAAGUGCGGCUGACGAAAUAUGCACUCAAGUCAAUACGUGCCAUAACUAAUGUAGUCACUUGCAUGGAACCCGAUCUGACCGUUAUUGCCUUCCGGUAUGUCUCGCCGGAUGCUAAAAACGAAAAUGACGUCACACGCAAAUGGCACGAGCUGAUAGCCGAGGAGGGACAAGUCUGUCUGACACCAACAGAAGAAGACGGCUUGUUCUACAUCCGGUUAUGCAUUUUGUCCUUCCGGUCCCACAUAGAAGAUGUAGACACCGCCCUGGCCUCUAUCAAGAGGAAUUUACAUGCCAUCAUCAAACAAGACAUUUGCGACUAA